UUUAUAAAGAAAGAGAGACUGCGUAAUCAGGAAACAUAUUAUGUUGGGGGUUUUUUAUUAUUUUUUUGCAGUGAGGAUCUCAGGCGUUGGUUUCUUCAACAAGAAAUGGAUCUCUUGCGGUAUCGCUUCAAUGAACUAACUGAGAAUUUAAGACAGAAAUUCCUGGAAUAUGUUAACUUAUCAUUUGAAGCUGUAA